AUGCAGAAGCCAAGUUUGCAGACGACACAAUGCUACAAUACGCCUCCUGCAUUCACUCUUGGUCUUCAAAUUCAGGAUCAUAUUCACCUGAGCGCUCCACCUCAAGCAGUUCUUCUCUAUCAGAUGCAGUCUCUCUUUGAGCUCGGUCGUGGAGUCCGCCUUGCCUUCGCUGAUAACGGGCAGAAGUGGGGACCCGUCGUCACACCUUAUACCGACAAAGGCAUCAUAUCCCGAGCAAACGCGGCUCAUCAGCUCUCUAAAUGGGGCCUCGAAAAAAAGUACUCAUCUUGUCUUCCAGUUCCUCCUCCGACCCGCUUGUCUCUCAUGGACGCCACUUUGGUCGAACGAGAGCGGCGAGAACAUCACGUCUUCGGGCAACUUUUAGACUCAUAUCCUGGCCUCCUGGAACGACUCAAAGAUGGGUCUGAGGAAGAAAUCCUUCACGUUGGAGAGCUGAUUGGUAAGGGAGCCGCAGGUGCCAGAGGCGACGACACAAAAACCUUGAAGUCUGCGGUGCUCAACUGGAUUUCCCCGAAAGGGGAAGCCAUACAACCUCCUUUACAUAGAAACUCCAAGAUUGAUCGUGGUUUCAAUCACGAACUCACCGGUUCUCUCCUCUGCCCUGCUGGGUUGGACUGGAAUGACUCUCGGACGAAAGAGGACCUACGAAGUGGCGAAAUGCUAGUUUGUGGAGAUCAAUGGCCCAUUUUUUUGUAUGCCCUCCAUACUUAUGACCCCGAAGACCCGUGGUGUGGUCUUCUUAGGAGCCGCUUGCUAGUGUGCGCUUACAAGCAUGUUUUCACGUCCCCAAGUUCAGUCGAGAGGGAGUCAAAGGCCACGUCCAUUGAACAUCACACUUCUAUCGCAGCAUGGUUUUCAUGUACGACUAAAGUAUUCUCGCGGACCGAUACAACUACAGACUCUGAGACGUUUUACCACAGUCUCCUUGACCUCUUAGAAGACCCCGAGGAAUGUCAAGAAGUCGAUGAACUGCUGAUCUGGUGGAAUCGGCUGAUAUUACUCAGCCAAGUGUUUCCCACUUCCUCUGCUGUGAAGAGACCUAUCAGUGCCAAUAGCGCCUUAUCCAAGAUCCGACAAAAACGCCUUGCUCUCAGACAAGCCGCAGAUUCGGAUAAUGGGUCUCUGUAG